AUGAGCCCUAAAUUCGUUCCGCGACAAACGAUCGUCCGUCUCCACAGCUGCUCUCUCCACUCCAUGGCGUCCCCAAAGCUUCCCGUUCAGGUAUUCAACCCAAAUGGAAGGUUCCGCGUGGUUUCCACAAAGUCUAUGCCGGGAACCAGCUGGAUUGACGCGCUAGUUGCUGCAGAUUGCCGACUCGAGAUCUGCACGGCGAGCAAGACGAUUCUGUCGGUGGACGACAUCCUGCAGCUCAUCGGCGACAGAUGCGACGGCGUCAUUGGCCAGCUCACGGAGGAGUGGGGCGAGCGGCUGUUCGCGGCGCUGGCGCGCGCGGGCGGGCGGGCGUACAGCAACAUGGCGGUGGGGUACAACAACGUCGAUGUCGACGCCGCCACGCGCCACGGCAUCGCCGUCGGCAACACACCCUUUGGUGCUGCUGCAUGCCGCUUGCGCGUCAUCACUCAACUCCGCACUGUGCCCUCCUCCUCCCUCUUUCUCACCUUCAUCUUAAGCCUGCUCACUGGGGCACACGGGGCAUUGCCUCGCUCUUAUCCCCCCUCCCAACCUCCUCUCUCCCCAUACCCGCCCCCCUCUCUCCCUCCUCCCACCCACCCACCUCUCUCUCCCCUCUCCCUCCCUUGCCACCCCCAUCUCCCCCCCUCUGCCCUCCCCCCAUGCCCCCCUCCCCCUGCGCCGCACCGCAGCGCCUAUGCGCGCAUGAUGGUGGAGGGCUUUAAGAUGAACCUCAUCUACUACGACCUGUACCAGUCCAAGCGCCUGGAGGAGAGUGUCUCCGCCUAUUCCCGCUUCCUCCAAUCACAGGGCGAGCCGCCGGUGACAUGGCGCAGAGCGUCCAGUCCCGAGGAGGUGCUGCAGGUUGCUGACGUGGUGUCGCUACACCCUGUACUCGAUAAGACCACCUUCCACCUGCUGGACGAGAGACGGCUCAACAUGAUGAAGAAGGAUGCCAUACUGGUGAACUGCAGCAGGGGGCCGGUGGUGGACGAGGUGGCGCUGGUGAGGCACCUCAAGGCCAACCCCGCCUUCCGAGCUGCUCUCGACGUCUUUGAGGACGAGCCGCGGAUGAAGCCGGGUCUCUCAACGCUGCCCAACGUGGUGGCCGUGCCGCACAUCGCCUCCGCCUCGCAGUGGACGCGCGCCGGCAUGGCUGCCCUCGCUGCUCUCAACGUCGCUUCACAGCUACAGGGCUACCCCGUGUGGCACAACCCUAAUGACGUGCUGCCCUUCCUCGAUCCCACCUACCCGCCGCCCAAGGCGUGCCCCAGCAUCGUCAACGCCAAGCAGCUAGGCCUGCCCACAACCACUCCUUCCAAGCUGUGA